AUGGGGGUCGACAUGCUCUGCGUGGCCGACGAGGGCAACGACGCCUCGAAGGUGCUGGCGCGGCAGAACGCCAGGCCCAAACGGUUGUUCAUGCGAGUGGCCGAAUUCGAGCAGGGCAAAGGCUUCUGCGAGGCGACCCACAAGGAGGACCAGGUACUUCCCGACGCCAGCGGCGAGCAUCUGUUCACCUUCUGCUUCUGCGCGGCAGGCUUUCAGGCGACCAACCCCAAGAAGAUGGGAGCAGACGCGAGCCUCAAGACGUACAAGAUCGCCCGCGGCCACAUCCAGAAGAGAAAGCCGCCGCUGGCGCUGCUGGAGGUCGCGGACUGGGGCGAGCACGUCCCCGUGAGGCACCAGCGCGAGGUGCUCGACAGGAUCCUGGGGGAGGAGGAGCCUUGGGGCCUCGGCGCCCUCAAUGGCUACCGGGUGGAGAUCCUGGAGCUGCGGCUGGAGGAGCGCGCGCGCGCCGGUACAGGCGCGGCCGGCGGCUCUUCCUGGCGCGCGAGGACUGCGCGGCCCCGCAGGCGCUGCAGGCCGCGGCGCGCAUCGCGCGCUGGCUCACCUCCGGUCUGCCUCGCACGACGGCGCAGGAGCUGCUGCUCGAGUGCGGUAACGACGCUAAGGGCAUCUGCUCCUCGAAGGUGGUGCGGCCGAAGCAAGAGCCAGAGAAGUGGGCGCCCGGCACCUACACGAAGCUCGUGA